UAACACUCUGUGCCAAAGAUUGUCACUUUGACGAUACAUUUUUGGGUUCUGUGAAUUCCGUAAUCCGUGAUACUUAUAUUUAUUAUCAGCAGGGCAGCGUAACCGUAUCGAACUAUCAGUAUUCUGGCCUGUAUAAACAAUAUACCUUAGUGUUUGUUGUUUAGAAGUGAAAACGAUAUAUGAUUUGUGGGUAUCUUAGUCUACUGCAGGACAUUGACUGAAACACAUUUCUUUUAAAACAAAUUUCAAUAAAGUUAUCUAAAAAUGAAUAUGCAACAACGAGAAGAAAAGCAGCUUGAGACUACAAUUCAGGCCAUAUUAAAUAGAGUAAAUGAUUUGAAAACAGCCAUUCAGUCUCUAAUUAAUAAGGUUGAAACAGAAUAUGAGACUAUAAACUGGCCUACGUUCUUGGAUAACUACGCUAUUUUAUCAGGACACUUGACUGGAUUGAGCAAAAUAUUACAAGCAGAACUGGCUGCGUCACUUAGAUCUAGAAUUGUGUUGCCACUACAACUUAGUUGUGAGCGGGAUGAAGCUUUGGCUCGACUUACAGAGGGGCGGGUCCCAGCUUGUACCCAUGAUCUGGUCCCAGACUUGCUACGUACCAAACCUGAACCACAAGCUGAACAGAGACUUCAACAGUUUAAUCACAAAGCCAGUACCCUAAGUUAUGAUACCGCACAGAAACAAGUAGCUCAAUUCACAAAAGUUGUAAGCCAUGUUUGGGAAAUAAUAUCUAAAGGAAAGGAAGACUGGGAUGGAGAAUCCAUGAGAUCAGCUGGGAUGCAACCAACUCAUAGUAUUGCUGAUACACAUGCAUUGGUGACUGCUGUGGGUACCGGCAAGGGACUACGGCCCGGCAUUCCGUCGAUAGUGCCACAGGGCGUGGCACCUGGAAUGGGACCAUCACGAGGUCCUACGCCACAACUAGGACAAGCUGCGCCUUCAUUACCCAAAGCACCAUCAGCUAUUAAAACAAAUAUCAAAGCUGCAAAUCAGAUUCAUCCUUAUCAACGUUAAUUACUAAAAUAAUAAAACCAAUAUUUUAUUUAA